AUGGAUAAAGUUGGGAAAAUGUGGAACACAUUCAAAUAUCGGUGCCAGAAUCUCUUUAGCCAUGAGGAGGAUGGGAAUCAAAAUGACAUUGUGGAUGUUAAUGCCAACAGAUGUACGAAUGGUGGGGAUAAAGCAGAGGGUUCCGCUGGUCCGGCCUCCAUGCAGUCAGCUAGUCCCCUACACCAAAACAUUUCUCCUGAACUGAGCCUGAGUCCUUGCAGUGGUUCUAGUAGGAGGAAUCCAAACUGUGUUUCGGAAAUGCCACAGUUAGUUGAAAUUAGUAUUGAAAAGGACAAUGACAUGGGUCUAAGCACAGGUGCCCGUCUGGCACGCAGAGACUCGUAUACUCGCCAUGCCCCAUGGGGUGGCAAAAAGAAGCAUUCAUGCUCCACCAAAACUCAGAACUCUAUUGAUCCAGACAAAAAGAUUAGUAGGCAAAGGAGCGGGCUUCAAAGGAGAGAGAGGCGUCAUGUGGUAGGAUCAGUUCACGAUGUGGAGGCUGUUUCAAGCAGAGCGGUUGGAAGUCGCAGUUUACGGCAGAGGCUGAAUGAGACUGUGGGCUUGUGUUUUCCGAUUAGAGCUUAUAAUAGGCAGUCAAAGCCACUUUUUACUACUAAGAGGAAAAUUCAUCUCUCUGAACUGAUGCUUGAAAAAUGCCCCUUUCCUGCUGGAUCUGAUCUGGCCCAAAAAUGGCACCUGAUUAAACAGCAUACAGCUCCUGUCAGUCCACACUCAAGCAUACUGGACACUUUUGAGCAGUCUUUGCUUUCUGCUGAAGAUGAAGAGGAUCGAUUACGGGAGAGGCGUAGGCUUAGUAUUGAGGAAGGUGUUGACCCUCCACCAAAUGCCCAAAUCCACACUUUUGAAGCAACAGCACAAGUCAACCCUGUAUAUAAGCUUGGACCAAAACUUGCUCCUGGCAUGGCUGACAUGACUGGUGACAAUGGUGCAGCAUCACAAGGCGGGUGUGAGUCUGAAGAAGACGGCACAACUCUCUGCCUGCAGUCACGGCGACAGAAACAGCGCCAGUUUUCAGGAGACAGCCAUAUUCAAACUAAUAGACAGGGAGCCUGGAAAGUGCACACUCAGAUCGAUUAUAUUCACUGCCUUGUGCCAGAUCUGGUGGAAAUCACAAGCAACCCAUGUUACUGGGGGGUCAUGGAUCGCUAUGAGGCAGAGGCCUUGUUGGAAGGCCGGCCAGAGGGCACUUUUUUGCUCAGGGAUUCCGCACAAGAGGACUAUCUAUUCUCCGUGAGCUUCCGCCGCUACAACCGAUCUCUGCAUGCACGCAUUGAGCAGUGGAACCACAACUUCAGCUUUGAUGCUCACGACCCCUGUGUGUUUCACUCCUCCACUGUUACUGGACUCUUAGAACACUAUAAAGAUCCCAGCUCUUGCAUGUUUUUCGAGCCCUUGCUGACGGUACCUUUAAACAGAACUUUCCCUUUUAGCUUGCAGUAUAUCUGCAGAGCAGUCAUUUGCAAGUCUACCACCUAUGAUGGUAUUGAUCUACUUCCUUUGCCAUCUAUGUUACAAGACUUCCUUAAAGAGUAUCAUUAUAAGCAAAAGGUCAGAGUGCGGUGGCUAGAGAGGGAGCCCAUUAAGUCAAAAUAA